GAGCGACGUCAGAAUCUCGCGACCCAACGUGGUUUUCUUGCGUGCAGCAACCCAGGGAUAGCUUCAUCUCAAUUGAAAUUCCCACCUUUAGCAUUAAUUGGCCGUCACAGGUGCAGUAGUGCGUGCCUGCGGAUGUCUUUAACCUCCGUUUUCAGCCCAUUAGCCACUUAAACGUUUGUCGGGACAAGUUUUAACCCGGAAUUGCAGUGGAGUUCCAGUUUUUCGCGAGUGGCACCAGUUCCCUCUAUGAAAAUGAAGUCUACUCCUGGUGACAAAUCAGACAACUUUCUGUUAAACGCUUCUCUCCUGUUUAAAGACACAUGUCCGGAGCUGUCACGACACUUCCUGCACUGGUCUGUGAACUCUAGUGCACCACAGAAGCGUAAAUGCUCCGUUCUGUCUGAUAACACCUCGGUGUGUCCGUAUUGUUAUCAGUGGCUGCAGCCUGACGGUUGCCGGAUGCGGCUGCGGCCCAAGCAGCGUCCGUCAGCACGGGUGCAGAGUGUCCUGCGCAGAAAAGCCAGGGGCAAACAACUCAGCCUGCUGCAGAGAAAUCUGCUGCACCGCUUCCAAAAGUCCUCUUCAAUCCUGAUGGCCACCUGCCACACUUGCAAUACGACAUCGAGACAAAAAGGAAUGAACCGGGACUUUAUAACUACCCUCUCUAAGAGCCACAGCACACCAGGGAGCACUGGGAAACACAAGACCCCACAGUCCACCAACAGAACUAAUAUGACUACCCCUAAGACUCCUGGCAAAGACAAGACUCCUGUUCAUACACAUAGGUCCUCCAACUCCUCCAACACUUCAGGGUCAGGCUCAUCUUCCUCCAAGCCCACCUCUAAACCUAAAAAUUGGGUCGUCCAGCGUCUCAGCAAAAUACUCAUGCGAGAGGACACCCAGGGCAGCAAGAAGGGGGGCUUGAAAGAUUUUCUUUCCUCACUUUGAGUGUUUCCCAAAUCCGCCUUCAUAUUUUUUGUAUACCCUUAAAAAACGUGGGGUGAAAUCCAUAUUGUAACCUGUUUACACCAAAGGCUGAGGGAGAAGUUUAAGAAAGUAACUUUGAAUUCCGAGCCAGUGUGGGAAGGGUUACAGUUUGCCCAGCAACACAGCUGUUGCUGCGCUGUAUGGAAUGGUGCUCCUGGUAUCCUGAAUGCAACAACUUGGAGCGCUGGGCUGGCUAUUUUAACUAUUAAUCAGGGUUACUGCAUCUUCUGCUGAGCCAGUCGGAGGAGAAUGCUUCUUUUGUCUAAUUUAGCAUAUGCCUCUUGUAUUCUCCUAACCUGGGGAUGCUUUAUUAAGUGGAAUGUUUGAGAAAUUCUUUCGUAUUUAUCAAAUGGCUGAAACACAAAGCAGAAAGUCCAGCCUUGCCUUGAGGUGACGUUUUUGUGGCAUGAUGAGCUGGUUUACAUGCCGAUAUCUGGUACCAUUUUGGAUUUUUCUUUCUACAAGUAUACAUUUAUAUCAUAAAAAAUAGGAUAUAAAUAUAUAUAAUGAUUUUGUAUCUAUAUUACUUAAUGAUAAAACUUUUUCUUUACUUAAAUACUUAAAUUUGUGGCCCUCUCCAGUGGGGAGAUGUGUCUAUGUGAAUCCAUUUGUUUCAGCAUUAGCUAAACAAGACAGAUUAGCAAAUGCAUAUACAGUAUAUUGUUGCCACUUUCACAUUUUUAUACGUGCAUACAAAUGAUUUUGAGACUGUGCACAGUCACCAGUAAGGAUAUUUGCGAUUAUCAUCUAAAAUGGGACUCAUCAGUUGCUGUUUACAUUGAAUAGGCACAUCUGCCUAAAACCUCUCUGUCAAUCAAUUUUUUCAACACUUUCCAUUUACAUUCUUUUAAUAUUGUCUUGGUAAUAUGUUUUUGUAAGGAUACUCUUUUACUCUUUUCAUUUUUUUUGGUUAAGAGGAAUUUAAGUAUAUCUACUGCAUUUUGUACUGCCUGAUUACCAACCUAUUUUUCAUUAGCUAUUCAUUGCAUAGUAAGUGUUUAAAUCCUGAAAUACCUCACAUUUGUAUUCCACCUACACCUGAAAUAAAAAACCUUUCCAGUCUGUGA